AAAUGGAAAUGUCGGACUCCACGCCGAGGUGAGCGCAAGGAUGGAUCUCUGGAGGUUGUUCACAACUUUUAUCCGCAGCUGGACUCACUUCAGCCUCCUGCUGGGGAGCACACCGUCGCUAUCGCCGCCGCUGCGGUCUGAUUGCUCCUCGCGUCCCGGCUGCUGAAGCGUCAGUCUCGUCGGAUCUCAUGGGACUGGCGCACUCGUCGCGGUGUUGGCAGCUCCGCAGGAAGAUGGCGGAGGCGGACAGCUCCGAGAGGAUCCAGCCCCCCCAGCCCACCUGCCUGCCGAAAGCACCUCCCAAGAUCCACCACGUGCCCUGCAUACCCCACACGCCUCAGGUCACGGGGGUGGCCACCUGUCCGGCGGCAGGUCGAGGCAAGACCUCCAGAUUCGUCAGCCCGGAGGAAAUGACCUCCCGCGACUACUACUUCGAUUCCUACGCUCACUUUGGCAUUCACGAGGAAAUGCUGAAAGACGAAGUGCGGACUCUGACCUACAGGAACGCCAUGUACCACAACAAGCACGUGUUCAAGGAUAAGAUCGUUCUGGAUGUGGGCAGCGGCACUGGGAUCCUGGCCAUGUUUGCUGCCAACGCUGGCGCCAAACACGUGUACGGGAUCGAAUGCUCGAGGAUAUCGGAGUACUCGGAGAAGAUUAUCAAGUCCAACCAGCUGCACGACGUCAUCAGCAUCUACAAGGGUCGGGUGGAGGAGGUGGAGCUGCCGGUGGAGCAGGUGGACAUCAUCAUCUCCGAGUGGAUGGGCUACUGCCUCUUCUACGAGUCCAUGCUGAACACGGUCAUCUUCGCCCGAGACAAGUGGCUGAAACCAGGGGGCCUGAUGUUUCCUGACCGUGCGAGCCUGUACGUCGUGGCCGUCGAAGACCGGCAGUACAAGGAUUUCAAAAUUCACUGGUGGGAGAACGUGUACGGAUUCGACAUGAGCUGCAUUCGCAACGUAGCCAUCAAAGAGCCUCUGGUGGACGUGGUGGAUCCCAAACAAGUGGUGACGAACGCCUGCCUCCUCAAGGAAGUGGACAUCUACACUGUGAAGCCGGAGGACUUGUCCUUCACCUCGGCGUUCUGUCUGCAGGUGCAGCGCGACGACUACGUGCACGCGCUGGUCACCUACUUCAACAUCCAGUUCACCAAGUGUCACAAGAAGACGGGCUUCUCCACAGCCCCUGACGCUCCCAGCACCCACUGGAAGCAGACCGUCUUCUACCUGGAGGACUGUCUGACGGUGAAGAAGGGGGAGGAGCUGCUGGGCAGCCUGGCCCUCAGGCCCAACCGCCGCAACGUGCGGGACCUGGAGUUCACUCUGGAGCUGGACCUCAAGGGUCAGCUGUGCGACGCCGCCAUCUCCCACGACUACAAGAUGCGCUGAGAGGCCGCCGACCCGCUGGAGCUCCAGUGGGUCCCUCAAGGGCACCAGGACCUCACCGCCGUCCAAACGGUCCACGGGUCACUCCACGGAACCGGUACCCUGCCGCUGGUCGCCUCAUGACCUGGAGUCAUUGUUUCGACCACCCCGUAACGGACUUGACAUUCACACUUGAGUGAUGUCAUGGGUGACGUCAGGACAAGAAACAGGGCGGACCUUAGUAACAUGAUAACUUUGUUGUUUAAAGAACAGUACCGUAUCACGGAUCUGAUUUGAACUGUAACAUUAAUGAGUCUUUGGUUCAAAAGAUAGGAAUUUUGGAUGAAUUUGACGGUGUUUCAGGUAUUUAUGAGCAUCUUCUUGUAAAAAUUCACAUUCAAACGCAGCAGUUUUGACCCUUUCAAGCGCUCAUGAACGGCACCGGUUUCCUGGACUGACCCAGUCGCGCCGCUCUGGUGCAUCUCAGAAGCCCCACCCACCACGGUGGCGGGAAAAACUCCACAUCAGGGAACAACUGAACGGUAUUUGGGGGCGGGGCCGCAGGAGACGGGCCCUUCAGCAAAACUCCUGCGAACUUCGGUCGAUGAAUUUCCGAUGUGAGCGGCGAGCUGCGGAAUGACCUGCGCAGUAGGCCAGCCGUCUGCUGGAGCAGCUGGGUGGACCAGUGUUGACUGUAGCGGUUUGUCUUCACGUCUCGGUGCUGGAACAUAAGGGGCGUGUCGGAGGCCGCUCAUGUGUCCAUGAAGGUUCGUCCAGACUUUGGAGCCACGAUGUAACGAGAAA